AUGGCACCGCCCACGACCGACCUCUCCUCCAAAUUCGGGGCUACAACGAAGAAGUCUAUCUUCGAGCGCCAGAAAGCCGAAGCCGAAGCGAAGAAAGCACGUGAGAAAGCAGAAACAGCUGCCGUGCUCGAGGACUUUGUCAAGAGCUUCGAUGAUGAAAAUGACUCACCCCAAUUGCAGACAAAACGAACAGGUGGUGGAUUUGGUUCAGGAGGAAGCAGUGCCUUCGGGCCAGGACCGGGGAAGCGACAUUUUACAAGUUCCGGGUUGAAGAGCGGGCCAGGAAGCCUAGGUCCUAGUCCCUCUGCACAAAAGAGUGGACCUGGAAGUCUCGGGCCUACCCCUCCUUAUGGCAAGAAGAGACAUUAUGAUGACUACAGUGGCGGGCGAGACCGAGGGCGCGAUAGAGAUGAUGAUCCAAAAGGGAUGUUCUCGUACAAUGAUAGCAGGGAGCGGGAUCGACAACGAGAAAUGGGCUCCUUCGCCCGUGAGGAGGACGAGUCGAGGGAAGCAGGGGAACUCGAAGCCGCUGCGAAGCCAACUCUACACCUUUCGUGUCUGCCGCCUGGCACGUCAUCUGCGACCAUCAAAGGAUUGUUCACCCCAUCUCCCUUGAAUAUAGAGAAUGUCCGAAUUCUGGCCAAUGUCCCAACGUUGUCCAGCGAGAGAAAGUCUAUUUCUGCGAUUGUGACUUUGGCAGCCGAAACUCCAGCCACAGAUAUUGAUACCAUGGUUUCGCAUUUGCAGAACAAAUAUCUCGGAUUUGGAUUUAAUUUAUCCCUCUCCCGUCAUUUGUCUUCAGUGGCACUCACUGGAAGCAAUUCGCUGGGCAACACUGCACCAAGCUCUGGGCUCAAUAAUUUACCAUUUGGGGCCAGACCAAUCCCACAACAUACUUCACUUUCCAGGGCGCCUCCGCCAGGUCGAGGGCCAGGAAGAUUCCCCCCUCCAGCUUCAUACACGUCCUCGACUCCGUACGGAUCCCGAGGGAAUCUCCCUUCAACCCAAGUUACAGUACAAACGCCCAGUGACCUUAAGCAGCUCAAACUGAUCCACAAGACAGUUGAGGCGUUAUUGACUUAUGGUCCCGAAUUCGAGGCCUUGUUGAUGUCCCGCCCUCAGAUUCAACGCGACGAGCAGUGGGCAUGGCUAUGGGACUCGCGGUCUAUUGGCGGGGUUUACUAUCGUUGGCGAUUGUGGGAAAUCCUUACAAAUGCAGAGGCUAGACUUCGACGUCAGGCUGUGGGUGGCUACGGCUCACAACCUCGAGGUGACAUUAUUUUCGAAGGGCAGAGCACUUGGGUUCCUCCAGAAGAAACUCUCAAAUUUGAAUACACUACACGGAUAGAGGAUUUUGUCAGUGAUGACGAUUAUAAUUCAUCAGAUGAGGAAGACAUGGAUGAAGGGGGUGGGCUUGCAAGAAGAUAUCAUGAUCACCAGAAAUUAGCUGCUAUUUCUGCAGACAACGCCGUCGACAAUGAUGGCAUAGGCUACCUCAACCCGCUCGGCAGAACGAAACUGGUGCACCUCCUUAGCCGCGUUCCAGAGUCAAAUUCAAAAUUGCGGAAGGGCGACGUAGCCAGAGUAACAGGUUUCGCGAUCGAACAUGCUGGUGCGGGUGCCGAUGAAGUCGCGGCGAUGAUCACGCGGAAUGUGAUUAAACCUUUCUGCUUCAACGUGAAGCGACCGAAAAAUAAACAGAAUGACUCAGACGAUGACGAACAUCGGGAUGGGCUCCAACAGAAAAUCAGAGACAAUCAGGGCGAAGACCUGGACGAUCCAAAAGAAGACGAGCAGCAGCAAGGAAAAGAUACCACCCCUACUUCCCUGGUAGGCCUGUAUCUGAUUAGUGAUAUUUUGUCCUGCAGCGCUUCUUCCGGAGUCCGCCACGCCUGGAGGUACCGCUCCCUCUUCGAGACCCAGCUACGUGUGCAGAACGUCUUCCCCAUCCUCGGCCGUGCCGAGAGAACCCACAACUGGGGCAAACUGAAAGCAGACAAGUGGUAUCGCAGUGUGCAAAGCGUGCUCAGCCUGUGGGAAGGAUGGUGCGUGUUCCCGUCCGCGGCCCACGACGCCUUUGUCGACGAGUUUCUACACCCGCCAUUGACGGAGACUGAGAAACUGGAGCUUGAGAAGAAAGAGCGAGACGCGAAAUUGCGCGAAGAGACGGAGAGAGAAAGGAACAUCAAUGCCAGCAGUGUCAGCCGUUGGAGGACCGUGGAUGAAGACGAAGCCGCUGCGCAAUUUUCUUCGGAUCGAACCGGUGCUGACAUAGUGAUGCGCGACUCCGGUGGUGACGCGGAAGGGGAUCUCGACGGGGAUCUCGACGGGGAUCCGAUGCCUCUUGAUGACAACGAUGAAUACGACGACGACCGCAAUUUUACAGACGCUGACCUCGAUGGCGUCCCUAUGCUCGAUUCGAGUGAUGAGGAAGAAGGCGGGGAAGGAAAGAGUCCAAGUAUACCUGGACGAGCACCAUCACCAGUCCCAGGCCCUCCACCUCCGCCUCCACCUCCUCCCACGGCUCCGAGUGAACAAGACUGUACCCCGUCCAAAGCGUCACCGGACCAGCUGCAAACCCAACAACAGGCCCAGAGCGCCGCCGGCCGCCGCGGGGGCCGGCCCAAGGCUGCAGAUUUCGAUGAUGUCGACAUGUUCGAGUGA